CAAAAGUAUUGUGCUUGUAAUUUAGAGAUAAAACCAACUCGAAAAGAUACUUGUCCAGAUCGAACUAUUCGAGGUCAACAAAUUCAUAACAGAAGUUAUAAAGUUUCUAAAACCCGUUCAGCUCAAGUUAAUUGGUUAAAAGAGUGUGACAAAUUUUUUGGAUUUAACACUAAUUUCAAUAAGAAUUUUGAUCUAACGCUUUGCUUAGCAUGCAAUUCUAAACAUGAUCAGGCUAAAAGUUUAUAUAGUCAAAGUACAAAUAAUCCAAGUGAUAAAAGUGAACUAGAUAGUGAAACAGAAACUGAUGAUCUAAAUGAAUUAAAAGUAAAGCUUAUUAUUGAUGCAAAAAAAAAUAGCCCGCCUGGAAAAUUGCUUGAUACUGAUACUGAUACUAUUACGGAUGAAAUUAGUGAUGAUGAAAAUAUGACGAAAAAAAGU